ACCGGUGGGACCCAUUUUGCAGACCCUCUUCUUCUUCUGCUGGUAGUGGCAGUUAGGCACACGCGAAGAGAUAAGCCCGGGUAAAGCCGGUGAGCCGCAACAGUCGCCGAUGUCGCCGCCGCCGUCGCCUCUCGUGGUGCUCCCCAUCCUCCUCCUCCUCCUCCUCCUCCUCGCCGCUGCAUCCCCCUCCCUCGCUGCGGCCAAUGCGGCAGGCGCCGUUGCCCCUGCUCCGGUGCCGACGCCGUGGCCGGAGCAGUUCCACGCGGUGGUGUUCACCAACCUCACCGAGAGCGGCGGCCGGCUGCAGCUGAUCGACCUCUACUACGACUGGCCCAGGGGCCGCAACCUCAACCUCAUCCGGGACCAGCUCUCCGGCGACCCGCUCUACGACGUCGAGUGGACCAACGGCACCUCCUACUACUUCGACUCCGGGUCCUGCCGCACCAUCCGUUUCCCCGUGGGCCUCCUGCCGCCCGACUGGCUCGCCGCCGGCGCCGUCUACCUCGGCCGCGAGCACGUCGACGGCUUCGACUGCCACCUCUGGACCAAGGUCGACUUCGUCUGGUACUACGAGGAAGUCGCCACCGGCCGCCCCGUCCGCUGGAAUUUCUUCAAUGGGAUGCAGCAGCAUGUGAUGAGCUUUGAGGUCGGAGGAGUGCUGGAAGACUCCAAGUGGCAGGCGCCUGCUUACUGCUUCAAUGGCGGCAAUGCCGACACCACCAAUGUGGCUGCAGGUGGAGUUGAUAGCGAAGCCGGUAGGGUUGAUGUGAUGAACAGCAUGAUCAGGUUCGCCGGGGCUCCAGCUGCAGCUGUAGCUGCAUCAUUUGACCAAUGAGAAUUUUCUUUUUUUUGAUGAAUUGGCUGAUGAGAGGCUUUGCCAACGGUGAUCCACGUCCUGUUGAUUCUGUUAUGCUCUGUUAAUCGCAUUGUGCUUUGUAUAACCCUGAUUGAUUUGGGGUAACAGUCACUCUACAUUUCCUGGAACUGGAAAUUUGAUGAGUCGUAGCUGCUACUAUUUUCUUGGAGAAUGCAAGGUUCAUGAUCGUUGCUGUUCCUCUGAA